AUGAUCUCGUUUCAGGUUUCCAUGAUCUUGGCCGCUUGCUUAUGUUUGGCUUUGAGUGCACUGGCAAGCCCAGGAGGAUAUGGAGGCCACGGAGGCCACGGAGGCCACGGAGGCCAUGGAGGCCAUGGAGGCCAUUACCAUUUUGGAUACAAAGUCCAUGACGGCUACAAUAACUUUGGCCACUCUGAAAGUCGUCACGGAGGCACCACCAAAGGCCAAUAUCACGUUAAGCUUCCCAAUGGGAAGCUCCAAACCGUCAAUUACCAUGUGGAUGGUUAUUCUGGAUAUGUGGCCAAAGUCCAUUAUGGCCAUUAA